GAUAAAGAAGCUGCGCGGGGUGUUUCAUAGCAACUCUUUUAAGCAGGCGAAGAUCGCACAUGCAGCACUUUCUUGGUGCCGAUUUCAAAUCGUAACUUUUAUGAGAAUUAAAGACUCCGCAUUUCAUUAACAGAUACUACUAAAUUAUUUUUUCGAAAAGAACAGGUCCUUCAUCUUCUUAGUAUUAUUUUUUGUUACUUUCUAUAAUUUAUUUAAUUUAAACACCAGAUUGCGCAGGUUGAACUCUACCCAGAAGGGUGCCAGGCACGAUUAUCGCUGCAUGCUUGCACUUUUUUUAGUACAUUUUUUUUUAAGUUUUAAAUAUUGUUUUCAAGUAUUCUUAAAUAGCGGUUCUUGCUUUGUAUACCGAAGCGCGCCUUGCGGGUAUUGGCGUGUUUAUUUUAAAGCAUCGAUUUUUAUUGUUGUACCUCACUUUAUUGUUUAACCAAAUCUUGCAACUGCGGAACUAUUUUUUAAUUUUCCCUCCGAGUUGAAUUUUUCCACACGGAGGUAGUUUCUGGGCGCACCUUUCAAUUAUUAGUGAUUUUCGCAGUAAACGAAUACUGGGGCUUUCGCGAAACGGGUGAACAGCGGCGGAGGAGCCACGAAAAUGUUCAAAAACACAUUCCAGAGCGGAUUCUUAUCUAUCCUGUACAGCAUCGGAAGCAAACCACUUCAAAUAUGGGAUAAAAAAGUCAGAAAUGGACACAUAAAACGCAUAACUGACAAUGACAUCCAGUCGCUUGUGUUGGAGGUUGAAGGCACAAAUGUUAGCACUACAUAUAUUACGUGUCCAGCAGAUCCCAAGAAGACCCUUGGCAUCAAGUUACCAUUUUUGGUAAUGAUUAUCAAGAAUCUGAAGAAGUAUUUCACAUUUGAAGUGCAGGUAUUAGAUGAUAAAAAUGUCAGGCGCCGUUUUCGGGCAAGUAACUACCAGAGUACCACACGGGUGAAGCCAUUCAUUUGCACCAUGCCCAUGCGGUUAGAUGAUGGCUGGAACCAAAUUCAGUUCAACCUUUCUGAUUUCACACGUCGGGCAUAUGGAACCAACUACAUUGAAACCCUUCGAGUUCAGAUUCAUGCAAACUGCCGGAUCCGAAGAGUAUACUUCUCAGACAGAUUGUAUUCUGAAGAUGAACUUCCGGCAGAGUUUAAACUAUAUUUACCUGUUCAGAAUAAAGCAAAGCAAUAAAUCUUGAAUCUGGAUGUUAAAUAUUUAUCUCCCCCAUUCUGAAAUGAAAUUAGGAAAAGUGACAUUUAUUUAGUACAUUAAGUUCUGGUAUGUGAUUGCAUUUUUAUUACUUUAUGUAUAUCCUGUACACAAUUAAAAGUUUUAUACAUAAAAAUGCUAACCUCA